AUGGCCGACACCUGCUGCUCCCGGACGUACGUCAUGGCCGCGUCCACCCUGUCCGUCUGUUCCAGCGACCUGAGCUGUGGCAGCCGCGUCUGCUCACCUACUGCUUGCACCAGAUCCUCCCGGCAGGUGGACAAUUGCCAAGAGACCUGCUGCGAGCCCCCUUGCUGCGCCCCCAGCUGUUGCCAGUCCAGCGGAUGCACCCUUCCCUGCUGCGCACCCCCCUCCUGCCUGACCCUGAUCUACACCCCUGUGAGCUGCGCGUCCAGCCCCUGCCAAUCAGCCUGCACCAGCUCCUGCCAGCCCUCCUGCUGCAGCUCCUCCCCCUGUCAGGAAGCCUGCGGUGCGUCCGUCUGCUGCACCCCUGUCUGCUGCAAGCCCGUCUGCU